ACCUAAAAAGUGGAAGCCAUCGCCCCUCCCUCUGCUUCUCUCUCUCAUUUCUUUCUCCCUAUUUUGAAAAGGGAAUUUCCGGUAAUGAUAAGAUCGGCCGUCGCGGCCGCCGCCGCCACGUCCACCACCGUCAAGCCGCCACCUCUUCCGUCAUUUUUCUCAGGUCAGCCAUUCCUGUCCUCCAUUUUCUUCAAACCUUUGUCGUUUUCGAUCGCUUCUUCGCCUCUCUCAACCUCCGAGGACUCUUCUCCAUCGACGGAUCUCUCUUCUCAACUCCUCUCUCUCCUCUCCCGCCCAAAUUGGCAGAAAAACCCUUCUCUCAAGAAGCUCAUAACUUCUCUGUCACCUUCUCACCUAUCCUCUUUCCUCUCCCGGAACCCGUCUCUCGAUCCCCACACUGCCAUCGCCUUCUUCGAUUAUCUCUCCCGUGUCCCCUCAUUCAGGAUUGAUGUGCGGUCCUAUUUCUCACUCCUGCACAUUCUUAUAUCCCAUCAGCUGUUCAUGCCCGCCGAUAGAAUCCGCAUUUUGAUGAUUAAAUCCUGCGAAAGCCCCGAUGACGCGAAAUUUGUGUUGAGUUUGCUGAGGGAAAUGAAUAAUGUCGAUGAUGAUGGCAGUAGAUUAAGAUUUAAAUUUAAGCUCAAUGUUAAGUCUUGUAACAUGAUGUUAAUGUCUUUGUCGAGGUUUUUGUUGAUUGAGGAUAUGAAAUGCCUGUAUUCUGAGAUGUUGAAGGAUAAGCUUUCACCUAAUAUUUACACAUUUAAUGCUAUGAUACAUGCAUAUUGUAAAUUGGGUGAUGUGACUGAAGCCGAGAUGUAUUUGAAUAAGAUCUGUCAAGCUGGGUUGAGGCCAGAUGUCCAUACGUACACCUCAUUUAUCUUAGGGCAUUGUAGGAAAAUGGAUGUAAAUAGUGCAUGCAAAGUUUUUGAGGAAAUGCCUCAAAAGGGUUGUCAAAGGAAUCAUGUUUCCUAUAACAUUUUGAUACAUGGGCUGUGUGAAGCAAGGAGAGUAGAUGAUGCGAUGAAACUGUUUUCACAAAUGGAGAAUGAUCAUUGUUGUCGGAAUGUACGGACCUAUACUAUUCUAAUUGAUGCAUUCUGCAAAUUGAAUAGGGAAAUGGAAGCAUUGAAUUUGUUUCAUGAGAUGGUGGAGAAAGGUUGUCAACCAAAUGCCCACACUUACACUGUUCUGAUUAGUGGAAUGUGUAAAGACAAUAGGCUUGAUGAAGCAAGAAGAUUAUUAGAUGAGAUGGGGAAAAGGGGUCUAGUUCCCAAUGUAGUAACAUACAAUGCUUUGAUUGAUGGGUAUUGUAAAGUGCAAAAUGUUGAUGCUGCAUUGGAGAUAGUUAACUUGAUGGAAUUAAAUAAGUGUAAGCCAAAUGUACGUACAUAUAAUGAGUUAAUUUCAGGAUAUUGUCGGGUGAGAAAGGUGCACAAGGCAAUGGGACUACUUGAUAAGAUGCUUGAGCAGAAGUUGUCUCCAUCUGUUGUAACAUUCAAUUUGUUGGUCCAUGGACAAUGUAGUGAGGGUCAUAUUGAUAGUGCUUUCCGAUUGCUUACAUUGAUGGGUGAGAGUGAUGUGCUCCCCGAUGAGUGGACCUAUGGUUCUCUCAUUGAUGCAUUAUGUGAAAAAGGCUGUCUUGAACAUGCUCAAUCUAUAUUUGACUCUUUGAAGGAGAAGAGAAUUAAGGCAAAUGAAGUUAUAUACACUGCUCUGAUUAAUGGUUAUUGCAGAGUAGAAAAGGUAGCUGUUGCCCUAACUUUGUUCAAAAGAAUGCUUGAUGAACAUUGCUUUCCAAAUAUAAGCACCUAUAAUGUAAUAGUUAGUGGUUUAUGUCAAGAGAAUAAGCUCUAUGAAGCAACUCUAUUGUUGGAAACUAUGGAAGAAAGAGGUGUCAAACCCACAGUAGUUACAUACAGUAUUCUGAUUGAGAAAAUGCUAAAAGAUAAUGAUUUUCACCAUGCUUAUGAGGUAUUUAAUUCAAUGGUGUCCUUGGGAUAUAAACCUGAUGUUUGCACUUACACUUCAUUUCUUGUUGCAUAUUGCAACCAAGGGAAGUUGGAAGAAGCUGAAGAUUUGAUGUCAAAAAUGAUAGAGGAUGGUGUCAGACCAGACUUGAUGACUUACACAGCAUUAAUGGAUGGGUAUGGACGUUUGAGAUUACUAGAUCGCUCCUUUGAUACUCUUAAAUCCAUGGUUGAUGCUGGAUUUGAGCCUUCUCCAUAUACCUAUACCAUUUUAAUCAAGCAUCUGUUUCAUGAAAACCAGAUAGGAAAAGGUGUCAGUAGGAUAGAAGUUGAUUCCAUUAAUGUUGUGGAUGUGUGGAAAAAAAUGGAGUUUGAUACUGCUGUUAAAUUGUUUGAGAAAAUGGUGGAAUGUGGUUGUCCUCCUAACAAAAAUACUUAUAAUGUACUGACUUAUGGGCUAUGCACAGAAGGACGCCUUGAAGAAGCUUGGAGACUUGUUGAUCAUAUGAAAAACUGCGGAAUGUCUCCUGAUGAAGAUAUUUAUAAUACACUGGUAAAAUGUUGCUGCAAGUUGAAAAUGUAUGAUGAUGCAACAAAGUUAGUUGAUACAAUGGUUAAGCGUGGUUUUUUACCACAUUUGGAAUCCUACAAUCUCCUUGUAUGUGGACUUUAUUAUGAAGGAAAGAAUGAGAAGGCUAAGGAAGCCUUCUUGAAGCUUCUUAAUUGUGGUUACAAUAAUGAUGAAGUUGCAUGGAAACUAUUAAUUGAUGGCUUACUUAAGAGGGGGCUUUCUGAUAUAUGCUCUGAACUUUUAGUCAUCAUGGAAAAAAAUGGUUGUCAGAUUCAUUCUCAAACACAUACAAUGCUGAUAGAGGGACUUCUUGAGCAAACAGAAGGGCUUGUAAAAACAUAAUAUUUUAAACUAUCAAGCACUUUUGAUGGUUGCCAGCUCUUUUGUCCUUCUCCAAUCGGAAGAUUGCCGAGUAAUCAGGCUACAUUCAAAUUCUUUGGAUUUAUUACAGGGAAAAAGGAGUGCCCGUAGUCCCUUACUGCAUGCAUACAGCUUUCUAAUGGAUUUCAAAUCCUGAUUCCUGAACCCACUGACCAGUGGUUUGCUAGUUCCUGUUGUGCUCAUUGAUGCAUUCGGGACAUUUACCUGCUCUAGGAAGCUGGUGAUUGACAUGAUGGCGCUGUCAUUGUUGAAAAUGCAGGGCUAUGGUUAUGACAGUAUGACACAGCUGAAUGAUUCAGAUCACACAACCAUAGCAAUCAAAUUGUGCGGAGAUCUUUACCCUUCAAAAUGUUGAUAUAGUCUACAAGAAUACAAGGAAUUAGAGUGGAAUGGAAUUCUAGAAGCACCUCUGCCUUGAGCACGGCAACAGCAAGGAGCCAAGGAUGGAAUUUUCUAGGACUUAUCCACUCAGGGAGGGGAUAGAAAUUAGAAAGGAUGUAUUUUUCUAUCAAGCUGAUGAUCAACACUAUAUUCCACGGGCUUUGUUGAUGGAUUUGGAGCCUGCGGUGAUUAAUGGAAUAAUGGUAUACAAAAUGGUGACUAUAUAUGAACCUUUACAAUCAUGAGAAUGUAUUUAUUGCGGAUCAUGGCGGAGGUGCUGGAAAGUGAAUGUUGUCAGGUAUGGGCUCAUAAGACUCUUGAUGAUCACAAUAGCAAGAAAAACUUGUUAAGCCAAAAUGAGACAAGUGAUGUGGUUUGUUCAGCCAUACAACUCCCUUCUCACACUCAGAACAGAUACCUCAGUAGAAUACCCUUUUAAAGCUAGCUUAUAGUAUGAGAAAAGUUCAAGUUUAAUCCUCACAUUGUCAAAAUUAGUUCUCGGUUUUUGAAUUGUCCAAGGUAUCAAUUUUGAUUUUUUUUUUGGUCUGUUUAGUUUCAGAUAGAGCUAUUGCCACUUUUGUCCCUCGAUUAUUCUUCCCUUCUAUAUUUGAUUUUUAACUAUUAAUUUUGUCA